AUGGCUACAGCGAACAAGGACCAGACGGCUAAGCCCAGCGUCCUGCGCUCGAUCCUUGCAGGCUCCACUGCUGGAGCCGUGGAGAUUGCAAUUACUUAUCCAGCUGAGUUCGCUAAGACCCGAACACAACUCAACCGCCGACUCGCCGUCGGCGAGAAACUACCAUGGCCGCCAUUUGGCGCCCAGUGGUACGCAGGAUGCACAACUCUCAUCAUUGGAAACUCGCUGAAAGCCGGAAUUCGCUUCGUUGCUUUCGACGCUAUCAAGGCCGCCCUUCAGGAUGAGAAUGGAAAGAUCUCGGGACCAAGGACUGUCGUGGCUGGUUUUGGUGCAGGUUUCACAGAGUCUCUUUUGGCGGUUACACCUUUUGAAAGUAUUAAGACUCAACUGAUCGACGAUCGAAAGGCCGAAAAGCCACGGAUGCGUGGUUUCCUUCAUGGUAGCAAGAUUAUCUGGCAGGAGAGAGGCAUUCGAGGCUUCUUCCAGGGCUUUGUCCCUACUACUGCCCGACAAGCUGCUAACUCCGCAACCCGAUUCACGGCCUAUACCACCCUGAAGCAGUUUGCAGAGGGCUAUGUUGCCCCUGGCGAAAAGCUAGGCACGCUCAGCACCUUUGCUAUUGGAGGAAUUGCUGGAAUUAUCACUGUUUACGUGACUCAACCCCUGGAUACUGUCAAGACAAGAAUGCAGUCUAUCGAAGCUAGCAAAAACUACAAGAACAGCUUCGCUUGUGCGGCCAGUAUCUUCAAGAAUGAAGGAUUCUUCACUUUAUGGUCUGGCGCGGUCCCCCGACUGGCUCGGUUGAUCCUGUCUGGUGGAAUUGUAUUUACUAUGUAUGAAAAGUCCAUGGAGAUGCUGGAUCUCGUGGAUCCUCAGCGUAAGUACCUUUAA